AUGUCAGAAAUCCAACGAGUACAACUCUCACCUUCGGUGUUCCUAUAUAACCCGGACCUAAAGGCAGACACCAAACCUGGUCCACAGCUUAUCAUAUUUGCGGCGUGGGCUUUUGCACAAGAUAAUCACAUUUCCAAAUAUGUCGCCAAACACCAAGAGCUUUUCCCUGGUUCGACCAUCCUUGUUCUCAAGUCUUUCCUUCGCCACAUGUUUUUCAUCCCAGAAGCACGAAGGGAACUUAUCCCAGCCGUCGAGGUGAUUCGAAACGUGUUGGGCACAGAGACAGCCUCGCAGGACAAACAGCCAUCCCUAUUUAUCCACGCCUUUUCCAACUCUGGCCUGAGCACAACCUACAAUCUCUCAGAUAUAUAUGCUGCAACUGCUUCGCCAGACGACAAGGACCAAGGACGACUUCCACUACAUGCCACCGUACUCGAUUCAACACCUGGUCGGUAUGAGUACCGGUCAAUUGUCUCUGCCGUCAUGUUCGGUGUCCCUCGAGGCCGUUGGCUCCAACGCCUUGUCUCUCUCCCGUUGGCUCACCUACUUAGCUCGGUCAUGUGGGUAUGGGUCCGCGUACUUGGGGGUCGGGACUGGGUUCCGAUAUGGGGGGAUGGUGCCAACGAUCUCUCACGUACAGUCGAGACAUGUCGGUCAUAUGUCUAUAGUCGUGCCGAUCCUCUUGUUCCACAUUUUAUCGUUGAAGCACAUGGAAAGGACGCUCGAGACAAGGGCUACUCGGUCUUGCAUCAGGUUGAUUUUGGCGAUAGUGCCCAUGUCGCCCAUGCUCGAACUGACCCGGAACGAUACUGGAAGAUUGUGAAAGAGACAUGGGAAGCAUGA